ACAAGCUACUCUUAACGAACUUAAGGGAAUAAAACCUACAGGAGAAAACUUCAUGGAAACAGGAUUUAUAGAGGUAAAUAAGCAGCUUCGAAAAGCAUUCUAUGCAGACCCAGGUACUAGCAGCCUGAUUAUUGCUGUGAACACUGCACCACCGGAACCAUCAUCACUACCGAUGAUUAAGUCCGAAGUUCAGAAGAUUCAGAAAAUGAAGGGCUCAGUUUACUUUGUGGGUUUCAACAAAUAUAACAGAAAUAAGCUGUAUGAAAUUGCAGGAAAACAUUCCCAUGUGUAUGGAGCACAGGGGUUCAAGAAAAUGGACUUCCUUUACAAGUCGCUCGCGGCAAAUUCCUGCAGGAAAGUGAUGGCAAGGGGCAUUUACUUUAUCUGUUUAUUAGAAGACUACUUUGUGGGAUUUGAGGUACCUGUCCCAGAUCCAAGCAACAUGGAGAAAUUUGUCUGCCAAUAUACUGUGGACGGCAAGAGGUUCCCCAAUAGAAAAGCGGUUACUGUAACGUCAAAAUCUAUAAUUUGCCCUGGACAUAUACUUGAUACCGAAGAACAGAAGGUUGUCGUCAAAUACAGCAUGGACAGGGGCAACAGCUUCUUCGGCAACAUGGUUUUUGUUGGCUCCGACUGUGGUGACCCAUUAAGGCCCAAGGAACCGCCAAAGAAGACCACAACUCCCACGACGACCACAACGCCCACGACGACCACACGGACGACCACAACGCCCACGACGACCACACGGACGACCACAACUGUUGUGAAUGGCUAUGUGUUUCCUGUCAGUCCUCUGGUGGGUGAGGGUACUACUUUCCUGGGGCUGCUCUAA